AAAUAAGAACUGAUAAAACUCGAGAUCUUAAUAAACAUAUGAAUUUAAAUGGAAACCUUUAUAAAGGACAAUGCCAACCAGCUUUGCUUAUAAUGCAAAAUGUAGGAAACAUUACUCUAGAGCAAAAUACACCUCAAACUGAAAAUGUUACUUCAGAGCAAAAUCUGCUAUCAACUCCUGAAG